UGGACCUUUCUAGGAUUUCUCUGCCACGUACAGUUCAACUAUCUUGAUUUCCUACCUAUCACAUGGCACGCCGCAAUGGAGCAGGUGGGGAUCGGUGGCACAGCCUCGUUGCGUGAGCGCCUAGUGAACAUAUCGCAGAGUUUCGUUUUCAAACGCGUACAUCCUAGGCAUUUCCCUCAGCACGCGAAGCAAACGGCAGAAAGUCUAGUAUUCAAACUUUUGGUGAAGGAGAUUUACGUCGCAAGUCAUGGGGAUCUGUUUGUCUGUGAGAACGUAGUGAAUCUGGAAGGGGUCAGCUGGGACAUAGAAAACGACGUCGACGAAAAGGCCUGGCCCGUGCUCGUUUAUGAGAAAGCAAAGUAUGGGAGCAUAAAGACAUUUAUCGAGGAGAAGAGCAGCGGGCUGGGGAUCGAGUUGGGUUUUUCAGAGCGACUGGAAUUGUGUGCACAGAUCGCACGUGGAAUUGGAUGUAUGCACAGAGCUGGUAUCAUCCAUGGCGAUGUCAAACCCGACAAUGUUGUUAUCUUCGGGGAUUCGGAAAGUGGUUUCACUGCCAAGAUCACUGAUUUUGGAUACUCCACAGUCUGCAUCGAUAUACAGGAUGGAAGCCGCCUGAGAAAAGAAGGUACUCUAGAAAGUGGAAUUUACCUCACCAAGCCCUCUACCUGGUCCCAUCCAGAUCGCCAUGAUGAGAGUUACUCUUUCCAAGAGGCGGUCCUCGAGGAAGUCUAUACAUUCGGCAUGACCUGUUUCUGGGUCCUUUUC